UGCACGUUGGCCGCUACCACAAAUAUUUUUUGCUUAUUUUUGUCAUCUCGUGUUUUUUAUGGCUAUUAAUAAUAAUUUUCAAAGAGAGUGCAGUUUUCAUGAAGGACGACAAAUCUGUAGAGGACCCAUACGAGCAGUUGCAAAUUGACAGAACAGUUUUCGGAAUCGACAUGAAGAUGGAACUCGCAAAAAAAUUCAAUGCACCUCUUCCAAUGCCGGACAAAGUUGCUGCUGGAUUACGUUUUAAUGCCUCUUGCGCCAAAUACACACCCCCGAUGAAGAUAAGUUUCAGUAACAUUUACUGGCAAGUGCUAGAAAUGAGCAGCAGCAAAGUCACGUACUUCAUGUAUGGCGCCUACUUUGACAACCGGUUGACCACCGGUGCUGUUCGCGUCGUGGCUUUCCUCACCAAAUUAGUUGAUAACGACACAAGACCUCACUGCCAGCUGUGGUUUGAAGGUUUACGGAAACCAGUGAUAGUCAAAGCAUUGCUACUUGUGAUGUACCGCAAAGACCUGUCUAAAAAGAUUCCCAUUAUUCCGUACUUGGUCACUUGCAAAAUUCCCCCGAGGAUGUCAGGCAAGGUUCCCGCUUCAGUAUCUUUGGUUGAAACUCAAUGCGAAGAGGCGACUAACAAUCUUCGGGUCAUUUACAACCCUUUGACUGUAGGAGAAACAAAAAAAGACUUCCUCGUUUGCGUCAAAGCUCUCUUUUUUCCGUACAAACCACACAUGGCGGUCAGAAUUGUUGAGUGGAUCGAGUUGCUCAAAAUUUUGGGAGCUCAAAAAUUCGUCAUUUACAAUUUUCAGGCCCACGAGAACAUUACUAGCGUACUUGACUAUUACUCGAGCAACGAGAACUUUGAACACGUGCCUGUGACUCUUCCUGGAAAAUUUCCAAAUUACCAACACUUGAUAUCAGACUUUUUGUCCCAGCAUAAUUGGAUUCAAUACUUGAACGAUAUUGUUCAAGUAACUGAUUGUAUGUACCGACACCUCUACAAAUUCAACUAUGUCACCACUUUGGACGUUGAUGAGGUGAUUGUUCCCAUUAGCAAGGACAACUGGCACGAUUUGAUCUACGACGUAGCGGUGCCAAAAGCUGCUCAACAGAACAAAUCGUUCGCAGGUUUUGUGUCAAAGAACACUUUUUUCUUAGACGACCAGAUUGAACAGCAGGCUUGGUACCCAGACAUACCAAAGUACAUGCACAUGCUGCAAAAUGUGCAUCGCAAGGAUUUUUAUUAUCCGGUCAAUCAUACCAGAAAGCAUUCGAAGGCUUUCUUUGACGUUGAUAAGAAUCUCUACAUCUUCUGUCACUACCCAAUGGAGUGCGUGGCCAAUGAGUGCGAUUAUCUGAUCUUCGACCCUGUAGAAUCGCAACUUCAACACUACUGCGUUGGUCAGGGCAGGAGGCAUAGUGACUGCAAAAACAAUUCAAAUACAGAUAUCGUGCAAGACACUUCGCUUUGGAAAUACAAAGACGAGCUUGUUGCAAAAACAAGUAAAGUUCUUAAAGAAACAGGGUUUCUCAAAUAAAGUAUUUUCUCA